UCAUGAGAGGAAUUUUUAAAAAAAGGAAAAAAAAAAACGAGCGAGUAGAGAGAGGACUGGGCGUCGGGAAUCUUACAGAAGAGACGCAGAGUGAUAGUGGUUGAGAGCAAGAGCCCCUUCUUCUCCCUCUCUCUUACUCUCUCUUACUCUCUCUUCUUCAUUUCUUACCACCAAAAUUUAUUCUCUGAAAACUCCACUAAGUCAUGAACCAGGAAUCUCAUCGCUCCAAUCCUCCACCUCUGAUGGUGAAGCCUGAAUCUGACGAUCGCAAACCCUCAUCUGCUGCUGCCGUCUCCAAGAAAAUCGUCAUCAAGAGCGCCGAUAUGUUCAGUGACAUGCAGAAGGAAGCUAUUGAUAUUGCCAUAGCUGCAUUUGAGAAGCAUUCCGUCGAGAAAGAUAUCGCCGAACAGAUAAAGAAACAGUUCGAUAAGAAUCAUGGACCGACCUGGCAUUGCAUCGUCGGUCGUAAUUUUGGUUCUUAUGUGACACAUGAGACCAACCAUUUUGUUUACUUCUACCUGGAUCAGAAAGCAAUUCUACUUUUCAAAUCUGGUUGAUGAUUGUUCUCCCCUUGAAAAAGAUGCCACAAACUACUUUGGCGAGCUUGGCGAUAAUGAUGCUACAACUAUUUCUUGUAUGUAUAAUCUAGUCUACCGGUAUGUAAAUCACCUGAUGUUGCAUUUUAUAUAUUGUAACUAAUAUAUCAGUGGGGAGUAGAUUAAAUGGUGAAACGAGAAAUUCAAUGCGCCAUAUACACAGUGUCUCGAAAGGUCUUUUUGUCCAUAUCAUUAAAACAAAAGGCCGCAGUACUAGCUUCAAAAAGUAAAAGAAAAUGCUGUACCGUUGGCCAAAUGGUCAACGUUGCUUGAAAUUGUGUCACUACGUCUUGAUAGAUGAGUAUAUGGUGGUUUUUAAUGGGGUAUUUUUGUGGUUCAAUUUUCAAAUACUAGCUCUGAAAUCUGCCUUGGAAGUUGAUCAGCUAUAGAAGAGUAAAUGCACCAUUGUUGCAGUACAAGUACAAUACAAGAUAGGGUGUGGUAAAAGGGGGUGGUGCAGACUGGAACUUCGAAACAAGAAGAGUUUUUGUACUGUUGCUGAAUAAAGGGAGGAGUUAAAAGCUCUCUUUUCUGUUGAUUUUGCAGCAUAUUUCUGUUGAUUCAUUACUCUUGUUUCCUUUUAUAAUGGUUUGCCUUUUUUACACAGCUUAGCAGCCCUACCCUCAACUUUCUUGGUCUGAGGAGUAACUUUGGGGCCUGCUUGGCUACUUUGUUCUUGAAAAUUAUGGUCGAGUGUGUUGUAAUAUCAAGGACCGGGUGCGUAUGGAGUCUGAAUUUUGAUUUAUAUUUUCAA